GUAGAUAGGGGGUGUAAUCUCCUAUAAAUACCACGGCUCCGCCGCUCCCAUAGACCCAAAUAUACAUUGCAUGCACUAGCUGUUAUACACUGCGCCGAUCAUCUAUCUCAUCCUCUAAUAAGCUUCCCUCCUUUGGAUCCCCCCCUCGUUACAUCAAUCCCCAUCACCCUCCAUAAUUUGAAUCAUGGCCCCCGUGCUUGCCGAGCCCUGGGAUGUCACAGAGUUCGUCGUCAACAAAGGCAACGGAGUGAAGGGCCUUGCAGAGAUGGAGAUACCCUGUGUUCCUAAGCAGUACAUCCAACCCAUUGAGGAGAGGUUGGACAUGGACACCGUCGUCACUCAAGACUCUAUACCCAUUAUCGACAUGUCCAUGUUGGAAGAUCCUCAGGUGGCUGAUUCCAUAUGUGAUGCCGCUGAGAAUUGGGGUUUCUUUCAGGUCAUCAACCAUGGCGUUCCUCUCGACAUUCUUGACGAUGUGAAGCAGGCAACCCAUCGAUUCUUUGGGUUACCGGCCAGCGACAAGUUGAAGUACUCCAAGGAGAACUCUUCCWCUAACAAUGUCCGAUAUGGAACCAGCUUCAUCCCCGGGGCAGAACGGGCUUUGGAGUGGAAAGAUUUCCUCAGCCUCUUCUAUASUUCGGACCAAGAUGCUUCUGCAUUUUGGCCCCCAGAGUGCAAGGAUGCAGCACUCAAGUACAUGAACACGUCCGAACCACUUAUCAAGCGCCUGUUGGAAGCUCUGAUGACAAGGCUGAACGUGAAGGAGAUUGACGAAAGCAAAGCUUCACUGUUGAUGGGAUCAAAGAGGAUUAAUCUUAACUACUAUCCAAUUUGUCCAAACCCAGAGCUCACUAUUGGAGUUGGCCGCCACUCCGACGUCUCAACCCUGACUAUCCUCCUACAAGAUGACAUCGGCGGACUGUAUGUGCGAAGGAUCAAAGGUGAUGGCUGGAUUCAUGUCCCACCUAUUAGUGGGGCACUGGUCAUCAACAUCGGCGAUGCUCUGCAAAUUUUGAGCAAUGGCCGAUACAAGAGCGUGGAGCAUCGUGUGGUUGCAAAUGGGAGAAGUAACCGAAUUUCAGUUCCCAUCUUUGUGAACCCACGGCCCAAGGACAUGAUCGGUCCGUUGCCGGAAGUGCUGGAGAGUGGGGAGAAACCAGUGUACAAGCAAGUUCUUUACAGCGACUACACUAAGCACUUCUUCAGGAAGGCGCAUGAUGGGAAGGAAACCCUGGACUUCGCAAAAGCCUGAUUUUAAUUAUUCUGGAAGACUUGUAGUCUACAAGACAUAAUUAAUGGAUGUGUGUAGAAAUUAACUCCCAGAGUAAAUCGAUCUGUAACAACAGGUUGGUUGUUGGUACUUAGGAGUGGUGCUUAUAUUGGUUGGUGUUGGUAGGGUUCUACUAAUACCAAAUAAUGUAGUCCCCCUGAAAUUUGGGUUGUCUUUCA